CAGCCAUGAUAUUACAACUGGACCAAACAGCGCUGCUCUUCAUUCAGCUGUUAGUGAUGCUGCAUGUCUUUGCAGUGAAGCCUGAAGAAAACAACAGAGUUAUGUUGGCAUUCAGAGGAGAUCCAGUGAUGCUGACUUGUAACAUAUCUGAGAAAAAUGCAGCACAAAUGUCCUGGACAAACGGCAGAUCUGUUUUUCAAUAUUCUAUUCAGCUGAAUCGCACCUUUUCAAAUUUCUCAUCUAAUAGACUCAAAAUAAAUCCCGAGUUACCUACAAAUCUGAUUAUUUUUAGUGCUCAACCCGAGGAUGAAGGACUUUAUACAUGUAGCAUAACUGAUGUAGAUGGCCUACAGACCAUUACAUGGAAUUUAACUGUGUCUGAGAACCCAGAAGAAUCGAUUUCAAAGUAUUUUACAUUCAUACUUCCAUCUGCAAUUGGAUUCCUUCUGUGUGGCAUCACACUGGCUGUUUUCUUCUACAGAUGCUGCACCAGGACCCCGAACCAGGACCUUUAUGAGAUCAGGACCUUGAGUUUUGUCCAGUAUCAUGUUCAGCUGGGAGGAAAGGUGGUCCCUCCACAACCUCAAAGUUUUGCAGUGUACAGGACAGGCAGCACUUUGAAAGACUCAGUUCUUCUGAGUCUUCUGGCUUCUAGUGUGCUGACAAGAAGAAAGUCCAGAUAAAAGAUGAAAAGGAUACAAGGAAGAAGGUCCCGAGUUUGAAUCCAUGAGCUGGCUGCGACUUUUCUGUGUGGAGUUUGCAUGUUCUCUCUGGGUACUUGGAUUUCCUCCCACAGUUCAAAGACAUGCUGUUAAUGAUGUUUGUUGUCUUUUUCCGAAUGAUAAUGUAAAACAUGAAAACUGGAUUGAACAUAUUAUACUUUUGUCAGGUUUAUUUAGAUUUGCCUGCACUGUGGAUUCUGUCUGCUU